CUUUUCGACUCUGCGGCGGAUAACACUCUGGUGAGAAUUUGAGUUGUCUAGACGGUUUAGUUUCGUUCGCGCCUAGCAUUACGUAAAAUGAAAUUGUUAUGAUUCGGAGGUGAUAAUCGUCGUAUACCCAUUCGAUACAUUGGGAUCAUGUCGAGGAUAAAUUUUUUCAAAUGGACGUAUUUUUCGAAUUUUUUAUGCUUGGGUUUUUGUCUAUGUUUAGUUUCGGCCGACUCGACCAGCAAUUCGACUCGAGCUCGAAAUGUCGCCGAUAAUAAAUCCAAAGAAAGUUACGAGGAUUACGACGUGAACGAGCACGAGACCGCGUUAGACGAGACCAAACCGCACAACUCCGAACAUAUCGAAGGUAUUCGCAAAUUCGAUCAAAGUAUCGAAAGCGAAGAAAAAUACAAAAAUGUUACCAAAAACCAAAACCUCGACAAAGUUACCGAUUCGUCUUCGCUGGCUGAAGAUAUCAAAAUAUACGACACCGAUGAAAAACCAAAACACGGCGACGAUCAACAAGACGUAUUCGAAGAUUCGGAAAUAAAUCUCCAAAACGGUGGCAAUAUUUCCGGUACAUUGGUCACCAAAAUGAUGCCGGAAAUUUUGAAAUACGGUAAAAUGGUCUUACCAUCUUCCGAAGAAAUGGGCGCGAAACCAAAUCAACGUGUAGGUAGACGUACCGAAGACGCUGAAAGUAAAACCGUUAUUCAAAAGUUAUCCAGAUCCAAAAUUGACCACGAAUCAAAAAGUUCAACCGUUGAAGCUUUCGUUCCGCAAAAUGUCAGUCGUUUCGAUCAAGUUCUCGAUUUGUUCGAUCUGUAUCGUUUGUUCGAUAUUUGGCGAGAUAAUGACGAGUUGAAUAAACUAUCGCCCAAAUGUUACUCCGAUAUGGGAACGUUUAUGGUUGGAUUGAAGCGCGGAAAACCGUGGGCUUUGAAAAUGUUCGAUUCCGGCGGCCAUUACGGUGGAAGUUAUUUUUGGGGAAACCCGUACUGGAUGGGAUCACGUACUUUAUGUCGAGAGAUCUCCUCUCAAGAGCCAGAUAUACCCUUCCCAAUAGAAUUUUCGAUCGCAGCGGCUAAUUUAUCAUUGAACAUACCAGGAAUUAGAAAACAUGGCAGGAGUCAAUACGUUGGUAUGUGUUUACCUUACUCUUGUAACAAAGAAGAUGUUCAUAUUUUAGUAGAACAGUCGUUGAAGAUUGAUAAUGACGAAGAAAAUCGUGAAGCUGAAGUAAUCAAAAUAAAAUCUCAUUACGAUUACUAUUACAUGACAGAGGACAAAACGUUUUGGCUCGUUGUGGUUUCGUCGGUUUUCGCUUUCGUAUUUCUAUUCGUUGGUACGAUUCUCGAUAUUUCUAUUGAAAAACAAAAAAAGAUAAGGAAGAAUGGUCGUGUUGGUAAAAAUUACAAAUACGAUAAUUACACUUAUGCUGUUAAUCCGCCCGUUCAACCGUAUAUGGAUAAUGCCAAAGUAGAAGUUGAAGGAUGUAUGGUUGAAUGCCAAAACAAUUCAAAUGGAACCAUAACUCCUACUUCAGAAUCAGAAGAUACAAAGCACGGUGUAUGGCAAGAAGUCUUUCUGUCGUUUUCGGUGAUUAGAAAUAUGCGCCAGAUUUGCGAUAGCUCGAUUGGAGCCGAUACCAUACCUAUUAUUCAUGGUCUUCGAUCAAUUAGCAUGGGUUGGGUUAUUUUAGGCCAUACCUGCAUCGUAGCUUUCAAAUAUUCCGAUAAUAUGGAAUUUAGAAAAGUUGUCGAACGUGAGGUUUUAUAUCAAACAAUUAACAACACAGCGUUUACUGUGGAUACGUUUUUCUUCAUCAGCGGUUUAUUGGUUUCGUUUUUAUACUUCCGAACCAUGGCUAAGGUGAAUGUGAACAAAAUUACGAAAACCACCGGGUUCCUUUCUCAUUGUAUUGAAUUCAUAGGAUUACUUGGUUACAGAUUUUGCCGGUUAACAGUUCCUUAUAUUUUUACCCUUGGAUUAGUGGAAAUUAGUAUGAAAUGGUUUUAUUAUAAUUCCGUUUUCGAUCCUCCCGCCGAUGAUCACUUCAAUUGUCCUAAUUAUUGGUGGAGGAAUUUAUUGUACAUAAACACAUUGUUUCCUGUCAAAGAAAUGUGCAUGCUGUGGAGUUGGUAUUUGGCCGACGAUACGCAGUUUUACAUUCUUGGAAUUGUACUACUCAUCUUAGCUGUUAGACAUUUUAAAGCAGCUUCGAUAUCUGUCGCAGUAUUAUUAGUUUGUAGCUGGUGCACAACCGGUUAUAUAGCAUAUUUAAACAAUCAUAUGCCCAAUGUUGAUGAUCCUUUAGCGUUGUUCGAUAAAAUUUACGACAAACCAUGGACCAGAUUCGGUCCUUAUUUGAUAGGAAUGAUCGUUGGGUGGAUAUUGUUCAAAACAGAAUGUAAAAUUCCUAUGAAAAAAUGGAUUGUAGUUUGCGGAUGGAUUGUUUGCACCAUGGCAAUGUUAUCACUUGUGUACGGAUUGUAUAACACGCAGUUAAAUUCAGUUACAGCUGCAGCUUAUUCAUCUCUAAGUCAUACUGCUUGGGCAUUAGGCCUAUCAUGGAUAGUAAUCGCAUGUACUACAGGUCAUGGAGGAUAUGCGAAUAAAUUAUUAUCGAGUAAAUUACUCAUACCGUUUAGCAGAACAACGUAUUGUGCUUAUCUAAUUCAUCCAAUAAUUAUAAGAUGGGUUGUGAUGAGAAGAGAUAGUCCUGUACAUUUAGCUGAAGAAACUAUAGCUAUCAUGUUUCUGGGUCAACUCGUCGCGUCGUAUAUAUUAGCUUUUAUAUUAUCUUUAGCUUUCGAAGCUCCUAUUGUAUCUCUACUUAAAAUUGUAUCUCCUACGAAGAGGAAUAAAUUAUAAGUCAUCUAAAACCAGUAUUUUUUUACCUAUCUAUUUAUUUUAUAUAAUUGUUUUAAAUCAUGUACUGAUGCGUAUUUUUUCAACGCGAAUUUUUUUCCUCUCUUUUAAUUAACGAGUAAAAAGCUAAUCGCAAAUUUUUAUUUAGAAAAAAGAAUUACAAUAAAAAUGUUUCAUCAUAGAUAAUAAAGAGUUUCAUCGUAUGUAUAAAGAACAACCUUACGUUGCUUCGAACAUUACCUCAGUUUUGGAUUGAACGUAACAGAUACCUUGUUUGACGUGUAAUUGGAAUUUGGAAAUGAUAUCAGAGCCGAAGAUACUCCUGGCUAACGGAUGUUCAGCGAUUAUUUGUACAAGAUUAUAUUUGAUAGUUUUGCAAUUCAUGUCGCUUUCUUCGUUACGAUCUAGGAAAUACUCGAUCAGACCUAAUACAAAUGUAAAUUUGUAAAUAUGUACUUAUAUUUUUGAUUGUAAUAAAAUCAUAAAAAUUAUACGACGAAAUAAUACCGGA